GUUAAAUCUACAUUGUCCUUGAUGUGACGUCACUGACAGACAUGAAUUACGGAAAUUAGAAAUGGCUGCGAUAGGUAGUGGACGGGGGACGAUGGAUUCCCAAAAUCAAGUGCAAAGUGAUACAGAAGAUCGUUUAAAAUUGCUUUAUCCGAACGUGAACGAAGAUGAGACACCUUUACCUAGAUCUUGGAGCACAAAAGAUAAAUUCAGCUACAUCGGGCUGUCGCAAAAUAAUCUUCGAGUGCAUUACAAAGGUGGCUCGCCGGGCCCGGGCCGCCGUCCCCACCUGCCCUACCUCCACUUGCGCCUCUGGAUGUAUCGUCAUGGCAAGACGCACAAGGACGCGGCGAGCGUGCGCGCCACACACCCCAUCCCCGCGGCGUGCGGCCUUUACUACUUCGAGGUGCGAAUCGUGUCCAAAGGCCGCGAUGGCUACAUGGGCAUCGGCCUCUCCGCGCACGGCGUCAACAUGAACCGCUUGCCCGGUUGGGACAAGCACUCGUACGGAUACCACGGCGACGACGGGCACUCGUUCUGCUCGUCGGGCACGGGGCAGCCGUACGGGCCCACCUUCACCACGGGCGACGUCAUCGGCUGCGGUGUUAACCUCGUCGACAAUACCUGCUUCUAUACCAAGAACGGCCACCACCUCGGCAUCGCCUUCAGAGGAUUACCCCCGAACCUGUACCCGACGGUGGGGCUGCAGACGCCGGGUGAGGUGGUGGACGCCAACUUUGGUCAGGCGCCGUUCGUGUUCGACGUGGAGGACAUGCUGCGGGAGCUGCGCGCGCGCACCCGCCUCGCCAUCGACGAGUUCCCGCUGCCCGACGCGCAGGGCCAGUGGCAGCAGGUGUUGCACAGGAUGGUGUCGUCGUAUCUGGUGCACCAGGGCUACUGCAGCACGGCGCUGGCCUUCUCGCGCGCCACCGGACAGCCCAUCGACGAGGACAUCGCCUCCAUCAAGAAUAGACAGAGGAUAUCAAAGCUGGUGCUGUCGGGGCGCAUCGGCGAGGCGAUAGAGGUGACGCGGCGCGCCUACCCCGACCUGCUGGAGCGAGACCCGGACCUGCUCUUCCUGCUCAAGAUACGUCAGUUCAUUGAAAUGGUCAACGGCACCGACUCUGAGGUGACCGGCGAGGGCGCGGACGAGUGCGCGACUGAGGGCGGGGCCAACGGCGUCGCCACAUCCGUCAUCGCCCACACCGCCCACACCCCCCACACCACCCCCCAUACCACCCCCCACACCGCCCACACCGCCCGCCCCAACGGACAGCCCGCGCCGCACGCCAACGGAGUGGUGCAGGCGCCGGACGAGGCGAGCGAUGUUGACGCCGACGUCGACAUGACGUCACCCGCCAACGGCGCGCACCACGCCGCACACGACACGCACCAAGGUGGAGGUCUGCCCACCGCGCCGCUCUUGAAGGGCAUGCCCGGCGUCACCUCCAGCGUGGCCGCGCUGCUGCCGCGUCUCGGUGCGUACUGCUCGCUCGCCGCACGCCCGCCGCACGCCUACCGUCCGCUCGCCGCACACGCGCCGCACACGCGCCGCACGCUCAGCCCCGCCCCACGCCCGCCCACUGCGCCCCGCCCGCGCUCAGUCCGCGCUCAGUCCGCGCCCACGGGCGCGGGUGCGGGCGCGGGCGGCGGCUGCACGCGCGCCUCCGUGGAGCGCAUGCUGGCCUUCGGGCGCGAGCUGUACGCCAUGAGCCAGCGUCACACGCACGACCCCUGCCAGCGCGCCAUGCUCGAGGAGGCGUUCAGUCUGCUGGCGUACAGCAACCCGUGGGACAGCCCCGUGGGCUGGCAGCUGGAGCCCAUCCGUCGCGAGCCCGUCUGCAGCGCCCUCAACGCCGCCAUACUGGAGCUCCACGGGCGGCGGUGGAUGUCGUCGGUGGAGGCGUGCAUCACGCAUGCGCGCGAGCUGCUGCGUCGCAUGGCGCGCGCCUCCCUCGGCGCAUGCGCCUUCGCCGACCUGCCCGCGCUGCUGCGCCACUGACCGCGCACGCUCACGUCUCGCCGGCCCCGCCCACGCACACGCCCACGCCCACGCCCGCGCCCACGCCACGCCCACCGCCCCGCCCACCGCGCUGACUGCUCCGUGGCCUGCGCCUAGCUUUAACUGAUCAAUUUAUAAAUGUACCGGUGGCUAAUAUAGCUUAGUCAUUGAAUGUGAGCGGCGCUCCGCCAGCACACUGCAGAGCGAGCCCCGGACCGCGUCGGAGAAUCUCAGCUCGGUUACAACUUCACCUGGAUGCCACACUUUAUUCUGACCUGAUGUGAUAGCGAGUUAAUCAUCUGUGGGACGGAGCUCUAGGUUAAAAAGAUGUUUCAAAUCAUUUGUUUCAAUGAAAUGAAAUUAAUGUUUAUCUUUGUACCAAAAGAUUAGUCGUAUGGGUGUCGCGUUUUCCGCUGCUUGUAAAUAAUAUUAGAUUUGAAAUUUUCCUGUAUUGUGUGACUUAAUGCAGAGCUCCACUUAAUAUGUAUAAGUGAAGCUCAGUACAGUUUUUCCCUCGUCCCUGCUGUGUUUGUUGACAAGGUGAUUCUAAGUUCUACUUACAUUUGCGAGAAGUAUAAACCAUCACCACACCAUCCUUACUUUAUUUAAGCAACAUAUAAAAACCCUUCGAUAUUUUAUUCAUGUGGGCUACGACUGGGCGACGCGUGGGCUACGGGUGGGCGGCACGUGGGCUACGGGUGGGAGACGUAUGUUGUCGCGUGGGCGGCGCGCAGGAGGGCGUGUCGUAUGAAGCUUGCGAUAUAUAAUAUGUAUCAAUAUAAAAUGUGCAGACGUUGCAUCGUGUGUAUUUAAAUACCGUGUGCUUCGUUACAUCCUCAACGAAAAUGGACGUUGUGAUAUUAUAUGAUAUAAAGCUGAAAUCAAUUGUAGCACUUGUGUAACGGACGAACUAUGCGUUGUGUAUAUUGUCUUUCAACGUAUAUUAUAGAUAUAUCGAUUUUAAAAUAUUAAAAAAAAUAAAUAAAAAUAAUGGGUAGUAACACCUAGUAGAAGUGGGCGCGGGG